UCCAAGCACAGAACCACCAGGCGGGACGACUACGAUGGACUGAAAACCAUCGAAAGGGGGCGAGACAUCGAAUGGAAAUGUUCAGAUCUACAUGUAUACCAUGGACACUGAUAUGAUUCCAAAAUUCUCCUCGAAAGACGAGGAGAUUAACUUCUGGAAGGCUCUUUCCCUCAAGUACAAGAAAAAUUGCCAGGAGGCCCAGGAGGAGCUGCUGGAGUUUCAGGAGGGCAGCAGAGAGCUGGAGGCAGAGCUGGAAACCCAGCUGGGGCAGGCUGAGCACCGCAUGAGAGACCUGCACUCUGAGAACAGCAGGCUCAAGAACGAGGUGGACUCACUCAAGGAGAAACUGGAGCAGCAGUAUGCCCAAAGCUACAAGCAGAUCAGCAUGCUGGAGGGUGACCUGGGUCAGACCCGGGGCAUCAAGGAGCAGCUCCACAAAUACGUCCGGGAGCUGGAGCAGUCCAACGACGACCUGGAAAGAGCCAAGAGGACUACGAUCGUGUCCCUGGAGGAUUUUGAGCAGCGUCUGAACCAGGCCAUCGAAAGGAAUGCCUUCCUGGAGAGUGAGCUUGAUGAGAAAGAGUCCCUCCUGGUUUCAGUGCAGAGAUUAAAAGAUGAGGCCAGAGACCUACGACAGGAGCUCGCCGUCCGAGAGCGAAAUACGGACUUGACCAGGAUGUCGGCACCCGCCUCGCCCACCCAGGAGGACAACGACAAGAUGGAUUCCUCUGUCCAGGCCUCACUGUCUCUCCCCGCCACGCCGCUCGCCAAUAGUCUGGACAACGCCUUCGCCAACCCAACAGAGUUGUCAAACGGCCUUGGUAACUCACUAACUCCCUCUGCCAGAAUAUCAGCACUCAACAUCGUAGGUGACCUGCUUCGGAAAGUAGGGGCUCUGGAGUCUAAGCUGGCAGCCUGCAGGAACUUUGCCAAGGACCAGAAAGCCAGAAAGUCUUACGCCAUCACGGAAAACGGGAACGUGAUCAACGGCAACACAGCCAAGUUCUCCCAUACCCUCCACAUGACGUCGUCGUACUACGACAAAACCAGGGCGGUGAACGGCAUGGACCCUGGCACCCUGACAGCCAUCACAGCACCCCCCGCUCCCUCCUCCCCUGGCCUCCUGCCUCUCAUCAUGUGACAGUGACAGACACCACACCCCAAUUUAAUCUCCCCCCUGCACACACACACACACACCCUGCCAAUGGACAAGGCUAUAUCCUUAAACAGAAAGCAUUGUGAUGACUUCAAACAAGAGAACGCACAUGAAAAUGGCUAGCACUAUUAAACACUUUUCACAUACUGUAAUACUGGCCCCUUUUUGCAGCCACUGCGUAUUCACAGGCUGUCUGUGUAAUUCUGGCCCUUUAGUGCUUGUGCUUUGGUCCUACUGUACAUGUGGCUCACAUUUUAUAUGUACUCGCUAAUUGUUUACUGCUUGUACAUAUAGCCCACUCUACACAGACACCCAAAGAGAAGGUUCAUCCAAAGAGACGGUAUCUAUGUAGGAUCCUAUCCUCUCUGCAGUCAUUUUUCAAAUCUUUAGUUUAGACAGAAAAAACACGUUAUGCAAUUGAAAUUGUGACACAUUGAGGGUUUCCGAUAUACAUGUUACUGUAAUUUUAUUUAACUGUUACGAUUUAUCAGAGAUGGUGUAGCAAGUGAAACAAUAUAGAUUAGCCAGAGUCUACAGAAGAAGCAAGAUGUCUGGAUUACUGUAACACAUUCAUCUAGCAGCAUUGCCUCAGACAAUGCAGAGGCCCUCUCUAACUCUCCACGCCUUAUUUGACAUUUCUUAUAAAUGGAAACUAGGGUUAAUGGAUUGGCAGCUGGCACACGUGUGUAGAUGUGUUUAAUAGCCUGGAACGGUCCUUCACCACGUGGACCUGCUCCUAACAAGCUGACUUAUUGUCCGUCACUAAAGGUGGUUUAAAUCUCUUGUGUCGACCUCGUAUGCCUUUCUGACCUUGAGUCUAACUUCAGUAGCCAUCUGAAGAAUUUAAUGUUACAGUUUUGUUUUUAUUUAUGUAAUGUGUUCAAAUUAAAAUGCAUUGUUUUAGACCUGUUCAAAAGGGAUGGUGAAGGAAAAUACUCAUUGUGUCGUUGUGUUCUGGGCUACUUAGUCUCAGCUCAGUUUAACCGUAUGACAACGUGCACUGUAUUGGUCAUAUUGAUCAUUAUUUAUAGAUGUCCACUUGAGUGGUGCUGUCAUGGUGUUUUAGACCACUUUUGCCAGUAUUCAAUUUUUGGAUUUUAACUCCCAAGGCUUUCAUUUUCGGUGUUGAAUUUUCACUGGUAUCUUAUUGUAUUUAAAAUAUCACACAACCCUGUGUUAGCAACCUAUAUUGUACGUUAAGAGCACUUUAUCCAGUGCAAGUAUUUUCACAUUAUUCUAUCAGUUUUAUUCAAGUGCAAUAUUGCCUGUUUGUAUGUUUUGUUUAUUAAUUUUAUGGCAUGAUGUGUUCAAAUAUAUAGGAUGUGAUUAUACAUCAAUUAGUCAUAUAUCAUGAUGUAGGAUCCGUUGUCUUAAAAUGUUGAGAAAAUAAAUAAAUAAAGCCAUUCUUUUUAUUGUUUUUAAAACUUAAAGUAGUCCACAAUGCAAAUUUAGCAAUUCAACUCUAGCCUCAUACCAUGAGCUAAUACAGAUUGUAUAUUGGAGUUCUCCUUGAAUCUAGUUGAGCAAUGAAUGGGAUUGGUUAAAUUUAGGCGAGUCAUCCUAAUUAGUUAAGGUUUCAAUAGUGAUUCUUUUAAAUUUAGGCAAUAAUUGUGAAGUGAAACAGCUGGAUUCGAAACAGAGAAUGUAGCUAUCGCAACCUAUGUUACUGCACAGGCCUGCACCCAGUAGGCUAAAAUUUUAUUUAAAUAGAGGGUGGUCAUUAGUCGUGGCUAGAAGGGAUCAAGCUUUUGUCAAAUUAACAUCAGAUUUGUUUUGUAGCAAGUUACACUGAACCCAAACCGGCUGUGCGCGUGCCCCAUCGUGCAUACAUUUAUUUUGUCCCCCCACACCAAACGCGAUCAUGACACGCAGGUUAACUUCU